UGGAGACAUUCGCUGGUAGAGGACUUGCCGUCCCACCCGUAUAUAACACUGUCCCGAACGACUGCCAGUAGUCAGUAUCGUUCCUUGAACCAUUCUUAGAAGCACUCUACAACUUGUUCACCGCAGCUCGCCGAAAAUAUCACCAUGAAGGUCGCUCUGUUCCUUGCCGCUGUCGCACUGUUCGUCGCUCUGGCCCACGGUCAGAAUGGUUGCAUUCGUGACGAUACCGAUGGACGUCCGCUGUGCAAUGCCGAGGAGCUGACCGCACGCCUGUGGCGCAACAACUGGGACCCGACCGCGUACUGGGAGUGCGAGACGGCCAACACGGAGGCUACGGCACGCCGCUGCCCGACCGAGGGAAUGUUCGACAGCGUGACCCGCACCUGCAUCAACUGGUUCAACUGGGAAUGGACUCCGACGUGCAAGCCUCCGAGUCGCGUGUAAAAACGCAAGGAUGGUACAUCUCCUUUCUUCCUUCCCCCAUUUUCCCCGCCACCGUCUUGACCCUCUUUGCACGGACAUCCGGAACGCGUGAAGGAUCUCCCCACAAAGCAACCACAAAUCCCGGCAACUGAAUAAAGGCUGUAGAUUAGAGUGCCAAUUUUA